AUGAGCUCUUCUAACUGUAGAUUUUAUGAGAAUAAGUAUCCAGAGGUGGACGAAGUGGUAAUGGUUAAUGUCCAAGAAAUUGCUGAAAUGGGGGCCUACGUCAAAUUACUCGAGUAUGACAAUAUUGAGGGAAUGGUUUUAUUAUCAGAGUUAUCUAGAAGACGUAUUAGAUCGAUACAAAAGUUGAUCCGUGUUGGAAAAAACGAAGUUGCUGUGGUUUUGAGAGUGGACAAAGAAAAGGGAUAUAUCGAUUUAUCUAAAAGAAGAGUCUCCGCUGAAGAUAUUGUAAAGUGUGAUGAAAGAUACAAUAAAUCGAAAGCAGUUCACUCCAUAUUAAGACACUGUGCAGAGAAAUUCAAUAUCAGUUUAGAAACCUUAUAUCAGACAAUCGGAUGGCCGUUAAGCAGACAAUAUGGCCAUGCAUAUGACGCAUUUAAGUUAUCCAUUACCGACUCUACAGUCUUUGAUGAGAUUGUGCCUCCUUCAAAAGACGUGUUAGAAGAAUUAAAAUUAUACAUUUCUAGACGUUUAACACCACAAGCUAUCAAGAUAAGAGCCGAUGUUGAAGUUUCUUGCUUUGGUUACGAUGGUAUUGAUGCGAUCAAGUCAGCAUUGAAAGCAGCUGAAGAUGUUUCCACUGAACACAUGCAAGUCAAAGCCAGUUUAGUGGCUGCACCAUUAUAUAUCAUAUCUACUCAAUCAUUAGACAAGACCCAAGGUAUUUCUUUGUUAGAAACUGCUAUUGAGAAAAUAACGGAAUCAAUUGAGAAAAAAGAUGGAGUUUGUAAAAUUACAAUGGCUCCAAAGGCUGUGACAGCUAGCGAUGAUGCUCAGUUACAGGCCUUAUUGGAAAGAAAAGAAAAUGAAGAUGAAUCUUCGGAUGAAGAAGAGGACAAAUAG